AUGGCUUAUAUCAAGCUUCCUCCUUUGGCUCUCUUCUUGCUUGCCACUUCCUUAAUGUUCUUGAAGAAUAUAGAAGCUGAAGGUGCUUUUUGUGCGAGUACUUUUUGUACGCUGUCUCCAGAUUGUGGCAUUGGUUGCAGAUGUUACUAUGGUGGAUGCUAUAAUAAUAGAGAACUUGAUUCUGCUGCGAAGACGAUGGAAGAAAAUUCAGACUUAUGUGAAUCUCAUGAAGAGUGCAAGAAGAAAGGAAGUGGAGACUUUUGUGCUCGUUCUCCUAAUCCUCUUAUACAUCAUGGCUGGUGUUUUCACUCUCAUUCUGAAGCACUGAAACAAUUCUUCGCGAUUACCACGCAAUAUUUGUAUGCCAAGUGA